AUGUAUGCACUGUACAAGACGAUUGAGUGGGGAGAUGCAUUGGGAGAAGAGAGGGAAUGCUUCAUUCAUCGAACAUGCCCAUUUUCUACUAUAUGGAGUAAGUUAUUGAAAGAUAUCUAUAUAUCUAUUUCAGGACAGGCUUCAGAGAACGUCGCUUUUCAUGUGUAUUUGAGUAGCGAGCGUUGUCUUGGAAAUCAUGAGACAAUCGUGUUUGAUACAGAAGAGACGGACAUCGGCGGAAGUUACAACUCGCAUGAUGGUAUAUUUGACACACCGAUAACUGGCACAUACGUCUUCACGCAUACUCUGAUUCCGAAGUUUCAUAAAUGGGUACAAACGGAAAUCGUCGUCGAUGGUGCAGUAAAAGGUGUGAUUGUUGCCGACACAGAGGAAGCCCAAGACUAUCAUCCCGCAAGUGUGACUAUCGUUGUCAAUGUUAAUGCAGGACAGCAUGUCUUUGUGCGUAGGAGAAGAGGCUCUGGGGGCUGCGACAUAGCAAGUGAAUUUGAUGUCUCAUACACAACCUUCUCUGGGUGGUUUCUGUUUUAAAUAUGUAUGUAAAAUCCUUUCACUCCGAAAGAAAAAUCUAGCACACGCAGAAGUAAUUUUGUUUAUUUGUGGUAGCCUUUGUUGUGUUCCUCAAUAAAAAUAUUUAAAAUAAAAUUAAAUGUUCUUAACACAGCGCCCAUAAAAUUAUUUACAAAAUUAGUUAUAACUCAAACCUUAUAACAUUUCAAUUUGUUUGUCUUGCAUUAUUAAAAAAUGUGCUCAUUUUAAUCAAAAUGUCUUAAAUGUAUAUGUUUUUCGCGAACGUUUGCUAGAAAGUUUGCAAAAUACUGUAGGUGGUCCACGAGAAGAUAAGUUAAGACGUAUCUACAUGUAAAUGAAAUUCUUUUAUUUGAGAAUGGUUAUAUUGAAUUCUUGAAUGAUUGCAUCUUCUAAUAUUCAUAUCUCCUUGGAGGCUUCUACAGUGGUUUCAAACUUGGGUUUGACAUCAGCCACAGUGAAUUGUAUUAUCUUUGCUGUGACUCAACCCUACGUUGGUCUUAGAGAAGCGAUCGAAAUCAGCGACACAGACAAAGAAAAACCCAAAUAAACACCGGUGUAGGAGCAACUGCAAAUUAGGGGUGGUGACGAGGGUCCAGCCUGUCCAACAUAUCAUGUGUCCCCCGAAAAUCUUUGGACAGUACCAAAAAAUGAAUAACCAAUUAUCUACAUUGAAAUAAUACAAAAUUUACCAAUACCUAAGCUUUACUUCAAACCUUCUAAUGUUCAUUUCUGUGAAAAUGCAAAUUGUUGGGCCAAACGUUGUAGCAAACCAUGUGUUGACAUUC